AUGUUCAAAAUAACCGAUUGGCGUCGGUUAUUGAGGAACAUUUUUGGUCCACUUAUACUAUUGCUAAUCGUUGUUUUAGCGUAUGCAGCCGUCAUUUUUGGAUACGUCGCAGCUGAGCAAGAAGUGUUUGAGAAGCUCGCUGCUAACGUGGAUUACGAGAAGCAACGUCUUCAAACUUCAUCGGAUUCCGCACAAACAUACAGUUCCAAGUACUCACUGGGUACAAGUGAUGUCUAUGGAAUCAUAUCUGGAUUUUUGAACAAAACAUUGCUCACCGUUUCCAGCUACGAGUUUCAAUGGACCGAGAGUUUAAUAUACCGCCGAAUGUACGACCAUGCGUUUCAACUGAACGAUGACUCCAAACUGGAAUUCAGCAAGCCUUCAACCAAAAUCAUAAACAUCAUCUUCCGAUCAAUUCUUCCCAUUUUCACAACUUUCGCCGUCGGAGCAAGUGUGUCAGCUCUUCAUUCAAUAAGCUCAAUUAUACUGUCGAUUUGUAUUCGCCAGAAAAAGUAUCCAGCGUGGACGGUUGGUAGGAAUAAGAUGUUGAGAAUCAAUGUAAUGGCUUCGAUGGCUGUUGCGACCGCGUAUUUCGUUUUGUGCUUUUUUUUGACCUCACUUGCAUCGUCUCGCUGGCAAGACGUCUCCUUCGUCGAUGGAGUCAAGAUCACACUCAAUCUGAUUGCAACACUUCCACCAAAUGUGAAACUGGACUCAAUUAUCGACGCUCACACCCUCUCCGCCAUCGCCUUCCUCAUUCAUUCCGGAACCGCCUACUUCGUAUUCGCCCUUAUUAAUCUUAUCAAAACCUGGAGAAUCUCUGAAUUCGCCAUCCCAAAGAUCAGUGAUAUCCAGAAGGCUGAUGAACUGGAUAAGGCCACACAAAUGGUCUACAGAGCGAGAAGAGCCGAACUUUUCCAGAAGAGACCAGAGGAGAAGAAAAUGGAUUAA